GAUGCUAUGCUUCCUAGCUGCCGCGUCUAAAGAGCUAGCUACGACCAAGCAUAUCCCUGCAUGCAUGCUCAGCACUCCCACUUCACGUUGGCCGCCCGUGGGACCCAGAGCCAGUCUUGUUGGGUCUCCUUGUGCAAGAAAGCCUUCUCUCAAGGACAUGGGCGCUCGUCCCAACCUGUGCCGCCAGCCACGACAUAGGGGAACCUCGGCGUUUCGAGAGGAUAGGCAACCACGAAUCACGAACGCGAUCAUGCAGCACGGCCUUUCGGGGCUCGAGCUGCAGGUCCCGAGACUCUACUGCGCGUAGCAUGCACGAGGGCGGACCCCCGAGCUCUUCUGCACCCUCGCAUUUCCCGGCUGAGCGUCUCUUUUAAAGGUAAGGCAUCGGCGGUACGAGCUGUUCCCUCGUCGGACCCUGGCUCACUCCACCACCUCUCUCCUCAUCUCUUUCCACGGACGUCGAUUGCGCUCACCCCGCAAUUCACAAGGGCAGGACCCAUACACAAGGCGUAGGGCAGGAUCCCUACCACAUCAUCCACGACCGACCUACACUCUCUCACGACCACCGUAGCUCUGGGCAGGCCCCACCAACAUUCUUUCAGUCUCGUCACCCGCGGCAGGCUCCGCCACUAAGCUAUCAGAUUGCCGCCAACAGCACCACUAGGUGGGUCAUUCAGGUAAUUGCUUACGGCGAGAACCAGGCGCAGCUGACUCAGAUGAUUACCGCGUUACUUGGCGCAGACGCUUCCCUCCAGAUCACUUUCAGACA